UCAGGUGGGUGCUGUCACAUGACCGUCCCCGCUGUCUCAGCCGAGUGCCCCAGCUGCCCUGGAGCUCAGCGCCGCUGCCGGAGACGCUCAGCGGGCCCGGCCCCAGACUGAGAGGGCAAGUGGAUAUUUUUCAAGCCCUGCAGACCUCAAAGAAAAAACGCUGAGGCUUGAUGUGAAGGAAUUUUCAGCUUUUUAAAGGAAGAGUUGAAGACUUGUCAGUACAAUUUGGUUGAAAGUGACUCAUAUAUAGAUAUUAAAUCAAGAUUAAAAUGGAUAUCAGAGGUGCUGUGGAUGCUGCUGUCCCAACAAACAUAAUUGCUGCCAAAGCUGCUGAAGUUCGGGCAAACAAAGUAAACUGGCAGUCAUAUCUCCAAGGACAGAUGAUUUCAGGUGAAGACUGUGAAUUUAUUCAAAGAUUUGAGCAGAAGAGGAGCCCAGAAGGAAAACAAGAAUUGCUGCAAGCAGAAGGCAGUCAGUGUGCUAAAACAUUCAUAAACUUGAUGACUCAUAUCUCCAAGGAGCAGACAGUUCAGUACAUCCUAACUAUGAUUGAUGAUAUGCUGCAAGAAAAGCAUCAGCGUGUUAGUAUUUUCUUUGACUAUGCAAAACGUGGUAAGAGCACUGCAUGGUCCUACUUUCUGCCUAUGUUGAACCGCCAAGAUCUCUUCACUGUGCACAUGGCAGCAAGAAUUAUUGCCAAAUUGGCUGCCUGGGGAAAAGAGCUGAUGGAAGGCAGUGAUCUGAAUUAUUACUUCAACUGGAUUAAAACUCAACUUAGUUCACAGAAACUUCGUGGUACCAUGGGUGCUAUUGAAACAGGAACAGUCUCAACCAGUGAUAGUUCCCAAUAUGUGCAGUGUGUUGCUGGAUGCCUGCAGCUGAUGCUCAGGGUCAAUGAAUAUCGUUUUGCAUGGGUAGAAGCAGAUGGUGUGAACUGUAUCAUGGGAGUCCUGAGUAACAAAUGUGGCUUCCAGCUCCAAUAUCAGAUGAUUUUCUCCAUAUGGCUCUUGGCAUUCAGUCCUCAAAUGUGUGAAUAUCUGCGUCGAUAUAAUAUUGUUCCAGUUCUGUCUGACAUUCUCCAAGAAUCUGUCAAAGAGAAAGUAACAAGAAUUAUCCUUGCAGCAUUUCGGAAUCUUUUAGAAAAAUCUAUUGAAAGAGAAACUCGCCAGGAGUAUGCUCUCGCUAUGAUCCAAUGCAAAAUUCUGAAGCAACUAGAGAACUUGGAUCAGCAGAAAUAUGAUGAUGAAGACAUAAGUGAGGAUAUUAAGUUUCUACUGGAAAAACUUGGUGAGAGUGUCCAGGAUCUUAGUUCAUUUGAUGAGUACAGUUCCGAGCUCAAGUCAGGAAGAUUAGAAUGGAGUCCUGUACACAAAUCUGAGAAAUUUUGGCGAGAGAAUGCUGUGAGAUUAAAUGAAAAGAAUUACGAGCUAUUGAAAAUCCUGACAAAGCUUCUGGAGGUUUCUGAUGACCCGCAAGUCUUAGCUGUAGCUGCUCAUGAUGUGGGAGAAUAUGUACGACACUAUCCUCGAGGGAAGCGAGUGAUUGAGCAGCUUGGUGGUAAACAGCUAGUAAUGAACCACAUGCAUCACGAAGACCAGCAAGUUCGAUAUAAUGCCCUAUUGGCUGUACAGAAGCUGAUGGUUCACAACUGGGAAUAUCUUGGGAAGCAGUUACAGUCAGAACAACCUCCAACAGUCACGGCACGAAGCUAAACAUUUCAAACUGUAUGUUACAACUCUUCCUUCCCGGGUAUAGCUGGAGUAUAUAUAUCUUAAAUUGAUAAUAAGCAAACAUUCUUGGUUGCAAUAUUAGCUUCCUGCUAAUGUGUUGAUUUCUUUCCUGUUUUCCUCUGGUGCUGUCACCUAGUAAAAGUUAGUGUGUGUUCAACUACUUCUGACGAAUCUGCCAGUUGACAUCCUGCUAUGUUACCAACGUAUCUGAAGAAACAUGGCUGAUGUAUAUUGCCUUUAUUUUAUGUAUUUAUUAUUGUCUCAUAACAAGAACCUUAUUAAAGGAUAUUCAUUCCAGUGCA